GGACGUUCUAAGGGAGAGGCUGUGUGGGAGCAGGGAAGAUAGAGAAGUGUGACCAACAAUGAUAAUCUGUUCUGGUGUUGAUAUGUUCAUUUACUUCUAGCGCUGAACAAGGUGAAGAUGGGGAAGAAAUCAGAGAAAGCGGUGAAGGAGAAAGUAGUCACCCCUACGGAGGAGGAGGGUCCGAGAAAUCCCGAGGACUACGUGUGCACUGGGAACCUGGAGGUUGACUUCACUGAACUUUGCAACCGAAUGGAGAUCCUGGAGUUCCCCCUGGUGGUUCCGAGACACCCAGCUGUCUCCCCCAACGGAUUGUUGGACGAGAUGCAGUCCCUUCCUGCUUCGGAUAAAAGCUCUCCCUCGUCUGCUGCUGGGGGCAAGGAGCACGUCUCCUUCUUCAGGCCCUGCAUACAGGUGGAGAUGGAGAGCGACAGCCCCAAGCUGGUGAAGGCGAUCUACAUCAGAGCUUGGGUGAUCGAUCAGAGAUACAUCUUCAUUUUACACAAGUGCCUCCCUGCCCUCACGGCUCUGCACACAGUCAGCCUCUGGAACGUGGGUCUGACCAAAGUUACCUUCGCCGCCCUGGUCUCCAUCCUGCGCCAGUGCACCACUCUCAGGUCCGUGGUGCUGGAUGGAAACCCAAUUGCCCAGCAGCCCUAUUAUCUGCUGAUGACCGAGGGCAGCCAACUUCAACACUUAACACUGAGGAACAACCAAAUCGAUGAUGUGGGCGCAAAGCUGAUUGGUGAAGCUCUUUCCACGACCAAAAAGUGCAACAGGACGUUGCUAACCCUGAGUCUGAACUUCAAUCAUAUCACUGACAAAGGAAUAGGUUACAUCGCAGAUGGCCUGCGAUUGAAUCGGUCGCUGCUGUGGCUUUCCGUUGCUUACAACCGAAUCGGGGACAAAGGAGCAAUGAAGCUGGCUGAGGUGCUGAGUCCAUUUGCACUGACCCACGAGGAGAUCGUGGAGAGGAGGCUCCUCCAGUUCAACUCUCAGGAGAGUCAGAGAUCGUCCCCCCUACGGCGUCCAGAGUCAAAGAGUGACCGUAGCAGCCAGCUAGGCAGCAGCACAACCCUUGACAAAUCGGACAAGUCACAGAAAAGCGGCAAGAGUGUCAGCAAGAAGAAGGAUAAGAAAGAAAUGAUCAUUCCAGAGAAGGCAAUUCCUUCCGCAACGCAGAUUCCGCCAAAGAGAGACGAUAUCAGGAUGUUGAAACGAGGGUCCAUCAGCGCCGAAUUAAGGUUAAGCAAGACCAAAAUAACGCGAUCAGCAAAGGAGAAGCAAAACACCUCAGGAGACCAAGAGGCCAUCCACCAUCUGUUGCUGGAACCCGCGGAACAUCGGGACGGCCAGGUGUUCCUGGCAGGGAACGUUUGCCUCAUGAGUUUGAACCUGUCACACAACCAGAUUACCGAGACCGGGCUGAAGGCUUUGGUGGCCAUGCUGAAAAUGCAGAUAGGCAAUGCCAGGCCCGUUCCCGACGGCAGGAAUGUCAGUGGGCUACUGCGGCUGAUGGUGACGAAGAACGCAUUCCCUGCGACCUGUGAGACCUACACCAGUCUUCAGGAGCUGAUCGCGGCCCGCGACCCCAUCUCCAAGCAUCACGUGAUCUGCAGCCCACUGCCCCCCCACGGUGAGAACCAGUCGCAGGGCUAGACUCCCGACCGCGGCGGAACCCCGAACGCCCACCCCACAGAUCCAGUGCCCUGGCAGAGUUGUCGCCGUCCAUCCCAACAACCUCCCCAACCCCCUGCCAAAUACCAGCCCAGCAAUGACUUCUAAUCAGACGUGAAAAUGAUUCAGAAAUGUUGCAC